AUGUCAAAUACUGUUGGUAUUAAAAAUAAAGUUUUAAAACUACAGAGUUCACAAAUAGCACGAAAUGGUACCCACAAAAAAGAUAAAAAGGAUAGAGGAGAUCAAUUUUCCUGUUCAGACGAUCAAGAAAAUCAACAAAUAAAUGAAUUGGUACAUAAGUUACCAAAAUUAAAUAGUAUAUUUGAAGUUCACCGCAAAAUAGGGGAAGGGACUUUCAGUUCUGUUUACCUUGGCUCACUGCGGCAACAUGCCAAUCUACCAGAUGGACAAAAGCGUUUGUUUGCUAUAAAACACUUAGUUCCUACAGCUCAUCCGGCUAGGGUUGAACAUGAACUCAAAUGCCUACAAGACAUGGGUGGCAGACACAAUGUGAUUGGUGUGGAAUUAUGCUUAAGGCAAUUAGACACUAUUGUUUUUAUUAUGCCAUACAUACCUCAUAGAAAAUUUGCAGAAUAUAUGGAUGAUAUGGACAGAGAGGAGGUGUCUCGUUACUUGCAUGCAUUGCUGAUAGCCCUUAGACAUGUACACUCCUUUGGUGUCAUCCAUCGGGAUGUUAAGCCUAGCAACUUUCUCUAUGACCGGGAGCGCAGGAGGUAUCUCCUAGUGGACUUUGGUCUUGCGCAGCGCGUGGUAACCACGGAGCCUCCACCUGCCCAUAGCAAUGGAUCCGCGAAGCGACUGCGGGAAGAGGAGUGUGAUUCGUCGCCAGGUGCCAAACGUGUGGCAUUGGACUUGUCGCUGCGCGGACGACAUGUUUCGGUACCACGUCGCGGUGACACAAUCAAACAAACACCGCUUAAACACGUCACAAAGGUCUCAGGCUUAAACGUAAGCUGCGCUUGUGCGGGUUUGGGUGGGGUCUGCACAGGGUGUGGUCGAAGGCCAACGGCUCGGGCUCCAAGGGCGGGAACGCAGGGUUUCAGGCCCCCAGAGGUGCUCCUCAAAAGCCCCUUGCAGGGAACAGCCGUCGACGUCUGGGCUGCUGGGGUCGUACUCACCUCACUCCUUACCGCCAGGUAUCCAUUUUUUCGAGCUACAGAUGAUGUGUCGGCGCUGGCCGAACUUGUGGACUUGCUGGGUUCUGCCGCCGUACAUCGUGUCGCGGCCUCUCUUCGUCGCCGGGUGGUAAUGUCAGGCAAUCGCACGGGCAUCUGCCUUCGCAAGUUGGCGCAGCGUCUACGUAACCCAGCUCCCCCUCCGUGCCCUUACCCCGCGUGUCUCCGUUGCCGUCUUCCCGCCCCACAGUGUCUCUGCCUCACCACAGAUACGCAGGAGCGCAACCUGGAAACGAUAGUAGUGGAUGACCUUCCGGAGGCAGCUUUUAAUCUAGCAGCGCGGCUGUUGGACCCCGACCCGCGUACGCGCAUUACGGCUGACCAGGCGUUAAGGCAUCCUUUCUUAGCACAUCUGCCCCACUGA